AUGCCUCGACCAAACAAGAUCACCAUCACGCCGCCGGCCGUCCUCAAACGCCGCACGAGCUCCUCCGGCUCGUUCCACGCCGGCGCCCCGAUCCCCGGCGUGAUGACCGGCAGCCGCCGCUCGUCCGUGCACAAGUACCAGACAUUCCCGACGGAGCCGCCGUGCACGCCGAUUGGCACCAUUCCCAGCUCCGGAUCCGCGUCGGGCGCGAGCUCGAUUGCCUCGUUGCCGUCCUCGCCGACCACGUCCGAGAACGAACACGCCGCCGCCGCCGAGACGCCACUGCCGGUGCGCCAGCUCCUACUGCUGGCGUACCUGUCGCUCUGCGAGCAGACGGCCCUCAACUCCCUCGCGCCGUACCUCCCCGAGAUGGUCGCUUCCAUGCCCGGCAUGGACCAGAGCAAGACGGGCUUCUACAUUGGCGUCAUCGCUAGCGCCUUUGCCCUAGCGCAGCUGUCGACUAACUUCCUCUGGGGCUACUCGUCGGACCUGAUUGGCCGCAAGCCGGUGUUGCUCGCCGGCACCUUUGCCCUCAUGGGCUGCUUCUGCGUCUUUGGCCUCUGCACGCGGUACUGGCAGAUUGUCCUGGUCCAAGUGCUCAUGGGCCUGCUCAACGGCAACGCCGCCUGCGUGCCCACGGUGCUCGGCGAGGUUACGGACCGGUCGAACCAGAGCCAGGCCUUUGCCUACCUUCCCAUCAUCUACUCGCUGGGCAGCAUCACCGGCCCCGCCGUCGGCGGCUUUCUCGUCGGCCGCCUCGCGCCCUCGACGUUUCCCUACCUGGCGCCGAACCUGGUCAGCGCGGUGAUGCUGGCGACGGGCUUCAUAGCCAUACUGCUGUGGUUCGAGGAGACGCUGGACAAGGACGAGCGCGGACCCGGCAAGCCCAAGUGGCUGCGCAGGCUCUCGAGCUGGUUUAACAAGCUGGGCAGCAAAAGGCCGGAACCGAAUCGUCGGCACUCGUGGAGCACGCGAUGGCCCCGCGGGCAGCAGCAGCCUCUGCUUGCCUCGGGCUCUUCCUCCGAGGAUGAGGCCGAGGUGGAUGGCCUGGAUGACUACGACGGCAGCAAGCCGAGCCACUCCAAGCAGGACAUUUGGAAGGAGAUUUUCAAUCACACCACGAUUCUGCUCUUGAGCACUUACCUCAUCUUCCAGCUCUCCAACAUUAGUUUCAACUCGCUGUACCCCGUAUUCGCAGCGGCGCCGGCUCCCACCGGUCGUGAACUCAAGCCGGGUAAAAUCGGCGCUUUCCUGAGCGCGGCUGGCGCCACGACCAUCGCAUUCCAGGCCUUUGUGUACCAGCCCGUGAGAAACAAGGUGGGAAGUUUGGGCACGUAUCGCUAUGCUUUGUUCGGUCUAGCAGUUAGCAUGAUCCUGAUGCCCUGGGUGGGAUACGUCGACGACGAGCCGCUCUUUGGCGUCGGGAGCGGUAAAUUGUGGCUAUACAUUGAGCUCUGCAUCGUGCUCAUCUUCAAGAAUAUUUGCGCUGUCGGUGGACUCUCUAGCGUCAUGCUUUUGAUCACCAACUCCGCACCCUCACACAAUAGCCUAGGCACACUCAACGGCCUGGCCCAGACCCUCUCCGCCCUCGGACGCAGCGUCGGUCCUGUUGUGUCUGGUGGACUGUUCACAAUCUCCGUGCGCAUCCAGCCCAAGGGUGAAGCGCUCGCGUGGACAGUCUUUGGCGGCCUCGCUUUCCUGGGCUUUUUCGCCGCGCUGUUUGUCCGCGGCGAAGGUCUGGAGAGUGAGGAGUGGGAAGAGGAGCAUCGCACCGAAGAGGAAAGCGAAGCAUAA